ACCCCUUUUUUUUUUUGUUUCUCUUGCUACCCCUCAUUGAGCCACUCGAGCCGGGAGCAGAUGGAAAGCUUGUAGAGGGAGUGGGCAAAGUGAGCGAGCGGGACAGAGAGAGAAGGACAGCGAGAGGGAACAGUUGAAGCCAUGCAGAGAGUGAGGCAGCGCAGCGACGAUGCUUGAUGACCUGAGCCGCUGACCACCAGAAAAGGCUUUUCUCCCUCCUCCACCCGAGUCCUAGAGACACCAAGGAACCAGACAGGAAAAGCCCCGAGCGGAGACAUUCGACUCGACGUCCCGACUGAAGCGGAGCGCUGAAAAGACAGAAAAAAAAGAAAAGAGUUAAGAGACGUUAAGAGGAGUUCCGCAGAUGAGAGGCAGAAGGUAGACGCUCAGUGUGACCAGGUAAAGAGAAGUGAAACAAGUGCCAGGAGCGUAACAGUUGUGUCCACGGGGACUAAUCAAAGAAAAGGGCCACUGGGAGGGUCACCGCCAGGACAAACAAUCCUUGGAGGCGGAAAAUAGGAAGGGACAGACAGAAGUUUGAGGAAAAGAGAUAAGAGACAAAGAACAAAAAGGAUGGCCAACUCGGGUCUCCAGUUGUUGGGUUACUUCCUGGCUUUAGGCGGCUGGAUCGGCAUCAUCUCCACCACCUCUUUGCCCCAGUGGAAGCAGUCGUCGUACGCCGGCGACGCCAUCAUCACCGCCGUGGGUCUGUACGAGGGUCUGUGGAUGAGCUGCGCCUCGCAGAGCACAGGACAGGUGCAGUGCAAGAUCUUUGACUCCAUGCUCUCGCUGGACAUCCACAUCCAGACCUGUCGAGCCCUCAUGGUGAUCUCAGUGCUGCUGGGCUUCAUCGGCAUCAUCGUCAGCGUGGUGGGCAUGAAGUGCACCAAGGUGGGGGACAACAACCCGGUCACCAAGACUCGCAUCGCCGUGACCGGAGGGGCUCUCUUCCUGCUCGCAGGUCUAUGCACGCUGGUGUCUGUGUCCUGGUACGCCACUCAGGUGUCCUAUCAGUUCUUUAAUCCAAACACACCGCCCAACGCCAGAUAUGAGUUUGGCUCGGCCCUGUUUGUCGGCUGGGCGGCAGCCAGUCUGACGGUGCUCGGCGGCUCCUUGCUGUGCUGCUCCUGCUCUAAAGAAGACAUUCGAGGACAGCAGUAUUACCGCCAAUCACAGCCUUCUACAGCCAGGGAGGCAGAGUUGUUGAGUGAAACUAGUUUCCCCGACUGAUCAGACUCCCUGCCUUUUUACCGAGGACUGUCCCGACUGUCCGACUUCUGUCUCCCCUACUUUCUUUCACUCGCUCCCGUUUUCUCUGAGACCUUGAGUUAGAAUAGCCCCCCUCUUCAUUUGCUACAUCUGCGCCUCAAUGGGAACCAAGCUGCAUUGAUGUCUCCCGUUUUCUGUCCCCUACGUUGAGCCUUUUCUGUAAAUAUGGACUCCUAAAGGACGAUGAUUAAGACCUUUUAUUUAAGAGUUGCGGUGGCCUCCUCUGUUUCCGUGUGAACCCUCCACACACCUCCAACGCCCUCUCCUGUGUCUCACUGUCGGCCAAACAGUAACGAUGAGUUAAAACCCCUUUCUGUGGUUUUUGUUUCGCGCUGAUUUAUGAUUUCUCUUAUAUCCUAUGACCUCCGGGUGUUUUUUUUGUGUAACAUGUGUCUUUAGGGUUUACCUUUGUGUGCGCUGUGACUGUACCUUGACUGAAACGUGUUCUUUUUCCCUUUUGAAUUGCAGACCAAAUGUUAAAAGUACCCCACCAGAGAAAAGGGAGCAGUACUUGUAGUUUGGGAGAGUCUUCUGGCCUUACCGUGGUUUAGAUUCUGUCUACAGACAAAAAAACUCUCCCUGAGGACGUCAAAACAGACACAGACCGAGCUAAAGAAAGAAGUUAUUGACACCAGGCACAUUGCGGAAACUUAAAUUGAGAGUUUUUAAGAGUUUUGUUGUUAAAAAGAAAGAACGUAGAAGACAUCUUUUGGAGUUUUUAGAGGUUUUUUUUGUAGAUAUCCUGGUCUUGUCUGUUUUGCUGACUCUGGGAGAGACAGUCCUUCAGGGUAUGUUUUCUGUAACAUGUUAAAAUACCUGGGUGUAUAUACCACCUACUCCUGUCCUUCUUUUUUUUACUACAUAUAUAAUGUCUUACUACAGUGCCUUAUAACACAUGUUUGUGCACGUGUCUGUUUCUGACUUAAUGGAUUCUUCAUCUUGAGGGACGUGUGCGUCCUUAGUUCCCCCCCUGCCAGCGGUUCCGUUUGCCUUUUUUUUUUUUAAUCUAUUGUCGAACUUCUGGAAAUGAAUGUGAAGCUACUCUGCAGUACCACUUAUGAAACAACAGACACACGAUAGAUCUGAAGCGUAGUGCCUUGUGUGCCACUGUUUGUAUUAAAGCUGUGUGCCUGUCUCCAUUCAGCCUGGAUUGAGGAUAUACCCAGUGAUUUUUUUUUUCUUCUUUUCGUUAAGUGCCAAUAUGAUUUUGCGUGAAUGACACGACAGAGUCGUCGCGUUAUCGACUCCGGGAUGUACUGUACUGUGUGUUGUCUCCUGUACUAAGGAACGCUGAGCGGUCAAGCCUGCAUUAUUUACAACGGCGUUCAUCUCUCUAAUAUUUACCACCCUCGAUGUUGUGUAUCAUCUCCUCUGCAGUAUACCCCUGUCUGUUUCUUUUAGAAUAAAGCAAACAGAGAGAAAAAACACGA